AUGCAUAACCCAAGCGUCGUUGGUGCUCUGACGGCGGUGCUGGCUGCGAUACCCAGCGCCCAUGCCAUGUACGCAAAGAACUCGCCCGUCCUUCAAAUCAAUGCCAAAACGUACCAUACUCUAAUUGCUCAAUCUAAUCACACUUCGAUUGUCGAAUUCUACGCCCCCUGGUGUGGCCACUGCAAGAACCUCAAACCAGCUUAUGAAAGUGCCGCCAAGAAGCUCGAAGGUCUUGCGAAAGUCGCCGCCAUUGACUGCGAUGAAGAGACGAACAAGCAAUUCUGUGGUGGCAUGGGAGUACAGGGUUUCCCCACACUCAAAAUUGUUCGCCCUGGCAAAAAGCCUGGUAGUAAGCCCAUGAUCGAGGACUACCAGGGCCCGCGGACUGCUACAUCUAUUAUCGAGGCGCUCGUGAGCAAGAUCAACAACCAUGUUACACGAGUUGCGGACAAGGACCUCGACGGGUUCUUGAAGGGCGAUAAGCCCAAGGCGAUCUUGUUUACGGACAAGGGAACCACGAGCGCAUUGCUACGGAGUAUUGCCAUUGACUUUUUGGACGUCAUUUCUGUUGGUCAGGUUCGCAACAAGGAGACCAAGGCUGUGGAGAAAUUUGGCAUUGAAAAGUUUCCUACUUUUGUGCUUGUUCCUGGCGGCGACAAGGAACCUGUUGUCUAUGAUGGCGAGUUGAACAAGAAGGACAUGGUUGCCUUCUUGAAACAGGUCGGCGAACCCAAUCCUGACCCAGCUCCCGCAAAAGCCAAGGCAAAGAACGACAAGAAGAAGGCGAGCAAGUCGUCUGAAAAAGCCCAGACCAAGGCAAAGACUACCAAGUCUACUACCACCGAAUCCGAAAAGGAAGAGUCGACCAAGACACCCGAAGCGUCAGACACUACCUCGGCUGAGCCUACAGCUUCCACUCCAGACGUUAUCUCCAUCACGACCAUCACUUCCAAGGACACGCUCGUCGAAAAGUGUCUGCACCAAAAGGCUCAUACCUGUAUUCUGGCCUUUAUUCCAGCCGACGCCUCUGAGAAUGGUGCCAAGGUUACAAACUCGUUGUCGCUGCUCAACACCAAAUAUGUUCACGGACACCGACAGCUUUUUCCCUUUAUCGCCAUUCCCAGCAACGUCGAAGGAACCGAUUCGGUUCGCAAAGCCCUUGACCUGACGGAAGACGUGGAGCUCGUUGCCGUCAACGCCCGCCGCUCUUGGUGGCGACAUUAUAAUGGCAACUUUGAUGCCGAGAGCGUCGAGGCAUGGAUUGAUGCCAUUCGUAUGGGUGAAGGAACCAAGAACAAGCUGCCUAAGCAGAUCAUCGCCGCGGAAGAGGCUGCUGAGGAGAGCUCCACCACAACGUCAGAGGCUGCUGCGUCGGAAGAAACGCCCAAGAAGGAAGAGGAGGAGGAGAUUAAGCAUGAGGAGCUCUAA